GAGGUUCAGCUUCUCAGUUUAGAUUGAAAGAUGAGGAGGAGUGGAAUGUUGAAGGUAGUGAUACAUCACCUGCACUUGCCCUUGACCUAGAUAGCUUGUCACAAUCUCUAGACUGUAUCCCACUACAUGAAAGACUGGGUAUUAAAGAAAAUGUUUUUACUGAGGAACAAAUAAUUGAGAUGAAAGGAUACUCAGCUGAUGUUGAACAGAAAUAUAGAACAACAUUUCCUAUAGCCAGCAACAAGAACAAAUCGAAGAACAGUGGGCAAGAAUCUGCUGGUAUUGUAACAAAUAACAAUGAUUCAAGUGCAAAAGAAACUGAUUUUGUAGGUAAAACAAGUGUAAAAACAGCCAAUAUUACAACUGUGACAAAUGAUAAAGAAAAGCCAAAAGCUGAAAUAAAUGAAAUUAAGCAUGGCAAGAAUGAACAUAAAACAACAAUAAAGAACACUGAAGUGGAAAGUUUAGAGGACGAUCUGGACAUGAUUCUUUCUUUAGAUGGCAGUAAAGAUGAAACAGCCAAUAUUGUUAAAAAUGUUGAUAAAAAAGUUAAGAAAGAUCAACAAAAAGAUCAACUAAAAGGGAAAUCUGAUGUUAUAAAAGUAUCAAAUAAUGUAACAGAAAAAGUGAUUAACUCUAAAGGAAAUGAGAAUCUGGAAGACUGGCUGGAUUCCAUGUUGGAUGAUUGACAGAUAUUUGAAGACAAAGAUACUUAACAUUGAUUUGUAUGAAUAAGACAAAUACAAGAAUGAAAUGUACUCUUUAUUUCAACCAUUACUUCCUUUUUUUGUGUGCAAAUGAGCAAGUUUGCUUUCAAUAGCUCAGUAAUUAAGUUAUUGUGUAUGAAAGUUGUGAUGGCACAUAACUAAAAAUAUAAAUAGCAUCAAUGACUUGUAAAUUUGUAACUAUUUUACAGUUUAUGUCAUACAUAUAUUAUAGUUUAUAGCUAUGCUAUUGUGAAUAUUACAUACAUUGUCUUGACUGCAUUAGAAUAAAAGUGACCAAAUCUUGCAGAAAACACUUAAGCACAUGUUUUAAGAUUUAUUUUAAUAUUCAUUUGCAAAUGCUUAAUACCUUUUUUUGAAAUGAAGAAUACAAAAUAAAAUUUGAAAUAAAUUUUAAAAAA